GCUCUCUGUGUGACUGUAGUUUGAUUUCGUCUGUGCAUUUGUGGGUGUUGUGUGUUGAUUCUUCGUCGCUUUACUUUUCCUACCACCCUCGAAAUGGCAGCUCUCCUUUCAAGUGGGCGAUGGAUAGCCCGUUCAAUUUCCACUCAAGGUGUUCGAACCUUGGCUGCUGGAGCCCGCGUCAAGGUAGACAACCCUGUUGUUGACUUGGAUGGAGACGAAAUGACACGUAUCAUUUGGCAAGACAUCAAGGACAAGCUUAUCUUCCCAUUCGUUGACGUGGAAACCAAGUAUUAUGACCUGGGUCUGCCGUACCGUGAUGAGACAGAUGACCAAGUCACGGUCGAUGCGGCCGAGGCCAUUCGCAAGUACAACGUCGGUAUCAAGUGUGCCACAAUUACACCCGACGAGGAGCGAGUUGUUGAAUUCAAGCUGAAGAAGAUGUGGAGGAGUCCGAACGGAACCAUCCGAAACAUCCUCGGUGGCACCGUGUUCCGCGAGCCUAUCAUGUGCAAGAACGUGCCCCGUCUUGUGCCCGGCUGGCAGAAGCCUAUCACUAUUGGCCGCCAUGCUUUCGGUGACCAGUACCGUGCAACCGACUUGGUCAUCACCAAGCCAGGCAAGUUUGAAAUGAGCUUCACCCCGGCUGACGGAUCCCCACCGGAGACGCACGAGAUCUUCAACUUCCCCGGUGGCGGCGUUGGUAUGUCCAUGUAUAACACUGAUGAGUCCAUCACUGGCUUUGCACACAGCUGCUUCCAGUAUGCCCUGGGCAAGAAUUGGCCUCUGUAUAUGAGCACCAAGAACACCAUCAUGAAGAAGUAUGACGGCCGAUUCAAGGACAUCUUCCAGGAUAUCUACGAGAAGGAUUACAAGUCCCAAUUCGAAGCAGCCGGUGUCUGGUAUGAGCACCGCUUGAUUGAUGAUAUGGUUGCCCAGUGCCUGAAGUCCGCUGGUGGCUUUGUCUGGGCUUGCAAGAACUACGACGGCGAUGUACAGUCGGAUGUGUUGGCCCAGGGUUUCGGGUCUCUUGGCCUUAUGACUAGCGUCCUGGUGUGCCCUGAUGGCAAGACUGUGGAGGCAGAGGCUGCCCACGGCACUGUCACCCGCCACUACCGCUUCCACCAACAGGGCAAGGAGACGAGCACCAACUCGAUUGCCAGCAUCUUUGCAUGGACCCGUGGUCUUGCUCACCGUGCCAAGCUUGAUAACAACGCUGAUUUGGCUCGGUUCUGUGUAGCCAUGGAGAAGGCUACCAUCGACACUGUUGAAUCUGGUAUCAUGACGAAAGACUUGGCACUGUGCAUCCAAGGCACCGUGGAUAAGGUCAAGCGCGAGCACUAUGUCAACACUCUAGAUUUCCUGUCGGCCGUACGGGCCACGUUUGAGAAGUCCUGGAACUAAAGCAACUGCUAGCUUUCUUAUCAUUUCGUCAUCUGCGAGCUCGUUGCUCUGUUGUCAUCCCCUCGGCCGUUUCGCUGUAGUAGGGAGGAAUUUUUAGGUUUUAUGUACCUUUUCUGUACUGUCAAUAUUCUACUCUUAUUCACUUGUAAGCGCUCUUUUAUCUAUUCAUCUAUCUAUCUACAUCAAGUAUCUAUCUGCUUUCUUACCUUUAUGAGUAAGUCUAGGUUAUCGCAAUUGAUACUCCACUUUCCCAUCACAGACAGUGCUGCUUGCUGGCAGCUGAUAUCAGCAGUCUGUACCGAUAGCGCGUGCUUUUUUACCUUUCCUGGUUUGAGUUUGACUUUCUCAGCGAGUACUAGUACCAGUA